CUAUUUGAUUGCAUCAAUGGGACUUCAAUUAUUGUGGAGCUUUGGGCUUGGAUGUCUGGACAUGUAUGCUUUAAGGAUAAAACGAGACCUUCAUAAUCCAGUCUUAGUGAGCCUAUUUGUUGUUGGAGACUGGGUGACUGCAACCCUGUCACUUGCAGCUGCUUGCUCGUCAGCAGGGAUUGCUGUCUUAUAUUCCAAAGAUUUAAACUUCUGCAGUACUCCACCUCAUCUUCCAUGUGGUCGAUUUGAUCUCUCUGUGGUGUUGGCGUUCUUAACCUGGUUUCUUAUCGCCAUUUCUUCCCACGUGAUGUUUUGGAUUCUAGCCGCCGUCUAAUGAUGUGAACACUUCUCGCCGCUGAGAAUAUUGCUUCUGAAAUGAUCUCCAAUGCCGGUCUCAUCUAAAUCUAAUUACCACAAACUUGUAAUCUUAUCUCCCUUUGCAGUUGACAUGAGUUUCUUCAGCACUGAUGAAGUUGCUUGGAGUUUGGCGGUUCCCUGUUGUGCUUAUCAAGUUCAAUUUUGAUUUGAGUGUAAAUUGUAACCUCCUAAUGGUACUCUAGCCUGCUGCCAGCAUUUAGAUCUAGUGCGAAUCCUAAGAUUUUUGUGAGCAAUACUUGGCCCUGGAAAUUUUCAAAUCAAAUUUUCACUGUCUAGCUGCUGCAUAGCCAUGGGGUGUCAUUUGAAGUUGUACAGUUGCAUAUUACUAGCAGGCUUUGCUUUUCUA